UUUCGCGGCGUCUCAGCCGACCAAGAUGGCCGCUUUGGCGACAAGAUGAAGAAGAUGAUCAAGUCGACAAAGUUCCCGGCGCACUUUGAGACCAAGGUGGACAUGAAGAAGGUCAACCUCGACGUGAUGCUGCCCUGGAUCACGGAGCAGGUCUCCGAGUACCUCGGCUUUGAGGACGAGGUCGUCAUCGGCUAUGUCGAGAGCCAGCUCCGCGAGACGGACGUCGACCCCAAGAAGAUGCAGCUCUCACUCACUGGCUUCCUCGAGGCCAACACGCCCCCCUUCAUGCGCGACUUGUGGGCGCUGCUCGUCUCGGCGCAAGAGAAUGAGCACGGCAUUCCCACCAAGGUCAAGGAGGACGCGUCCGCCUCCUCGCCGGCCGCGGCGAGGGAGGAGAGGGACGGGCGGGAGCGCAGCGGCCGCCGCCGCAGCCGCAGCCGGGAGCGCGACCGCCGC